UCGUGCUGGCUGGUGGCUGGGGUGGCGGUGGCGAUGGGGGGAGGCUGGCGUUGCCGGACUUGUCGCUGAUCUUGUCACCUUUUGUGUACUGUGCCUGGGGUGCGCUGAGGCUCUGGCUUCCUUUUAUUUUAUUUUUUAUAUUUUCCUUUCACUCUUCUCAGGAGAGGGGGCCGCGAGGGGGACCGAGUCCUUUUUUUGUUGUUGUUCUUCUAGAUUUCUUGCGGUCUCCCCAGCCUCUUCCUUCCCUUCUCCCGGGGUUGAAACUCCAGGGCCUGUCCCCGGUCCCUUCCCUUUGUCUUGUUUAUUCUAGCUGCCUUUCUUCCCGGCUUUUCCUAUUUGCCUGGUGUUUGCAUACCUUUCACUUCUCCUUUUUAACCCCGGGCCGAGGGCCGGCCGUGGGGAGGAGGGGAGGGGGGGUGCGCCCGGUGACUUUCCUCUCCCUGCGCGUUCAGAGCUGGGAGCUUGCACCCGGCUCUUCAGCCGGGGAGGGACGAGUGGAGGGACCGUCCCGAGGAGCGAGCGCCGCCGUGCCCCUCCACCCAGUCUGCGCGCCUCGCUGGCAAGCACCGAGUAGGGCGAGUUGGCCCAGGAGCCUCAGGAGUCGCCCGUAGGGCCAUCGGGACGCGGCGCUGCGGAGGGCCGGCCCCGGGUCGGGGUGUGCUUGGGCCGCCCAUAGGCGAGAAGAAGCCCCCAGCCAUUACCAGCACGCCCGGGUGGUGGGCAGCUGCGCUCCGGCCUCGGCUGGGUAGUGCGACUGUGUUGCCCCAGUUCCUAGGACUGGGGAGGGAGGAGAGGAGCCCAGCGGAGUGGAGAGGGUCCCGGGAUUCUUGAGCUGUGCCCAGCUGACGAGCUUUUGAAGAUGGCACAAUAACUGUCCAGUGAUGCCUGACCAUGACAGCACAGCCCUCUUAAGCCGGCAAACCAAGAGGAGAAGGGUUGACAUUGGAGUGAAAAGGACAGUAGGGACAGCAUCUGCAUUUUUUGCUAAGGCAAGGGCAACAUUUUUCAGUGCCAUGAAUCCCCAAGGCUCAGAGCAGGAUGUUGAAUAUUCUGUGGUGCAACACGCAGAUGGGGAAAAGUCGAACGUACUCCGCAAGCUGCUGAAGAGGGCGAACUCGUAUGAAGAUGCCAUGAUGCCUUUUCCAGGAGCAACUAUAAUUUCCCAGCUGUUGAAAAAUAACAUGAACAAAAACGGUGGCACCGAGCCCAGUUUCCAAGCCAGCGGCCUCUCCAGCACAGGCUCGGAAGUACAUCAGGAGGAUAUAUGCAGCAACUCUUCAAGAGACAGCCCCCCAGAGUGUCUUUCCCCUUUUGGCAGGCCUACUAUGAGCCAGUUUGAUGUGGAUCGCUUAUGCGAUGAGCACCUGAGAGCAAAGCGCGCCCGGGUUGAGAAUAUCAUCCGGGGUAUGAGCCAUUCCCCCAGUGUGGCAUUAAGGGGCAAUGAGAAUGAAAGAGAGAUGGCCCCGCAGUCUGUUAGUCCCCGAGAAAGUUACAGAGAAAACAAACGCAAGCAGAAGCUGCCCCAGCAGCAGCAACAGAGUUUCCAGCAGCUGGUUUCAGCCCGAAAAGAACAGAAGCGAGAGGAGCGCCGACAGCUGAAACAGCAGCUGGAAGACAUGCAGAAGCAGCUGCGCCAGCUGCAGGAGAAGUUCUACCAGGUCUAUGACAGCACGGACUCUGAAAAUGAUGAAGAUGGCGACCUGUCUGAAGACAGCAUGCGAUCGGAGAUCCUGGAUGCACGGGCCCAGGACUCGGUGGGGCGCUCCGACAGUGAGAUGUGUGAGCUGGACCCGGGGCAGUUCAUCGACAGGGCUCGAGCCCUGAUCAGGGAGCAGGAGAUGGCCGAGAACAAGCCGAAGCGAGAAGGCAGCAACAAAGAGAGAGACCACGGGCCAAACUCCUUGCAGCCAGAAGGCAAGCAUCUGGCAGAGACCUUAAAACAGGAGCUGAACACGGCCAUGUCACAGGUCGUGGACACGGUGGUCAAAGUCUUCUCAGCCAAACCCUCUCGCCAGGUUCCUCAGGUCUUCCCACCUCUCCAGAUCCCCCAGGCCAGAUUCGCAGUCAAUGGGGAAAACCACAAUUUUCAUACGGCCAACCAGCGCCUGCAGUGCUUUGGUGACGUCAUCAUUCCGAACCCCCUGGACACCUUUGGCAAUGUGCAGAUGCCCAGUUCCACAGACCAGACGGAAGCCCUUCCCCUGGUGGUCCGCAAAAACUCAUCCGAGCAAUCUGCCUCUGGCCCAGCCGCUGGUGGCCACCACCAGACCCUCCACCAGUCGCCUCUUUCCGCCACCGCUGGCUUCACCACCCCGAGCUUCCGCCAUCCCUUUCCCCUGCCCUUGAUGGCCUACCCAUUUCAGAGUCCACUAGGUGCUCCCUCCGGCUCCUUCUCGGGAAAAGAUAGAGCCUCUCCUGAGUCCUUAGACUUGACGAGGGACACAACGAGUCUGAGGACCAAGAUGUCAUCCCAUCAUCUGAGCCACCACCCCUGUUCACCAGCACACCCACCCAGCACCGCAGAAGGACUCUCUUUGUCACUCAUAAAGUCUGAGUGUGGAGAUCUUCAAGAUAUGUCCGACAUCUCACCUUACUCGGGAAGCGCAAUAUCCUUUUAUCUUUCCCCUCAAGAACAAACAUAAACAAAGCCCGCCCCCCAGCCCACAAAGCUUAGACGCUCACACUAUCUAUAUAGGAUGACCUAUGUCAAUAUGGUUUUUGGCGUGUUCUGUGGGGUUUAGUUUUGUUUGGGCCUGGGGACUUUGAGACGGUUUCACUCUGUAGCCCAGACUGGCCUGGCUCCCCCGAGGUGCUCAGAGGACAGGCAUGCACCACAGUGCACAGCCAGUACCUGCUUAAGAAGGUAGUCUUUCCUAUUACUUAGUAUUAGUCCUGUAGGAGCCCUGCACUGGGUGUUUCUGAUUGCAGAGAAACUUAAAAACUAACUCCAGCAUCUCUGCAACUUGGACAAGUACGUAACUGCCUCUGGGAACUUCUGUAAGACAAAUUCCCAACAGCGCUUUUUCCUGCCUCUCUUCCUAUGUGACUUUCUCGUUUCCUUUCUUGAGAGCAGAUGGAGUGGGGGGAACGAUACCUUGUAAAUACUGAAUUUUAUAAUGAUGGUAAGUUUUAGGACAGAAAUAAGGAGAAAAGCCAGUUUUCAGACCUGUGAUUCCACCAAGAAUUCUCACUGCCAACUGCCUUUGAGGCCACUGUGGCUUCAGAGGUCUGACUAGAUCUCACGAAGACAAGGACGCUGUGGGCUAACCCUGGGUGUAGGGAGGGUUUGCAUUCUGUCUUUAAUCUUAAGUGAGACUUUUUUUUUUUUAAAGGAAAUGGGCAGGUACUGAUUUAUUCAGACGGCGUCAGCCUCUCUGUAUCACCAAGGUCUGUUUUGUGGGUCUGGGGCAGCUGCCUGUACGCAUGAGUGACCUCUGCUCAGCCAAACACAGAAAUCUUUUGUCCUAACAUACACAAAGCAAAUUAUUUUGGAAAACGAGAGAACACAGUUAAAUCCAAAACUCAGCUGUAUAAAAAUGGCCUCUUUAAUGACUCUUUUCCAUCCUGAACCUGAUUCUUAGGUAGAGAUGUCAAUUAUAUUUUUAGCAGAUCUGUCCUGUACUCCAGUGAUUUUUAAUUCAUAACUUUUUUUCCUUCUACAAGUCAGUCCUUUCAAUGUAUAUAUAUAUUGAAAUAUAUAUAUAGUGGUUGUUUGUCUUUUGUGUGUAGAGGGAAUAGUAGCAUUUGGGGGCAGGUGGAGACAUGCCUCUUGUAUAAUAAAUUACCAGAUGGAUAUAAAAUUUAGCAGUUAAGUUGGCUGUUACUAAACUGAGGAUUUUGAGCAAUAGUCUUGCUGACAGAGAUUGAGAUUUUAGUAGCAGAGCCCACCCCAUAGGCCGCACAGAGAUCCAAGUCCCCAGGAUGACAGAAAGAUGCUCUCAUUCCUCCAGGGCAGCCAGGGUGGAUUGGUAAAGUGAGCUAAAGCCACAAGUAUGAGACCUCUUGGGCCACUAAGCCCAGAAUCACUUCCCAGCCCUAAAAAGACAAGAACAUCUCAGGCAAAGAAAGACACUGAGGUCUUAGAUCUGAGUCUGAGCUUGUUUGCUGGUUCAACCUCCGUUUUUCAAAACCUAAAAUUCAGUGCACCGAAAGUUAAGCCUGUCGGUUGGCUUCUGUAUCACCAGCUGGCAAUGCAUCUUGCUCAAAGCCACUCAGAGCUGCUGGGCAGCAGGAAGGGAAAGGAAGGAGGUAGGAUGGCUUGAGCAGUCGUCAACCUAGCCAAGAACACCAUCACGUUAGGCUGAUUUAUGUCUAAGGCUAGACUCCUUGCACCUCAGAGAACUACAAUUUAAAACAAAUAGGAAAGUAGCAGUGGUUGUUGCCCCCCCCCCCACACACACAGUAACGUGCUCCUCUUAGUGACCAGUUAAGCUAAGUUUCAGAAUCCUGAAAGUACACAGAAACGUCUCGCUGAUAACACCAGCUUUCUAAGUUUGGACUUGGUAUCCUGAUCAGACAAUUGUAAUCAUGCCCCUUUUUCUUUCCCUUGGUCUUCUAGGGAGAGAAAAGUCUUUGGUUUGCUUUAAGUAUUUGCUAAGCUCACUGUGCUGUCCUCUCUAAAUCCCCUGAGGAAUUUUGAGGAUUUGAAGGGGAAGAGUCCCUUCUCCAGGGUGACUUUUCCUGUGUCCUGCUAUAUACAGCCUUUUCUGAACAGUGAUGGCAGGAGAUACCCAUGUGGGCCUGAAGUACAGGGUUUUAUGUCUGGGGUUGCUUCCUUCCUUCAGGCUCCAUGGCCUUGGGCCUCUUGUAAUUAGCCAUUUUGUUUCUUACAUUUUGGCCUCCUAACCUCUGGAUUUCUGCUCUCCUCUACUCCAUGUCCCUGUGACUGGCCAGCUUGUUACUAGCUCAGGUUUUAGGAAAAGGACAGGCAAACCACUCAGCACUUGAUCCCAUGGGUGUGGCUCGCCUGACACACACUCCUACUGCUCUACAGAACCAUUCUGUUCUGUUUUAGACAAAACAAACAAACAAACAAAUAAAGCUCAAGCUUUGAUUGAUAAAAUCUUGAGGAAUUGCAGCAAGUAAUGUUAUACUUCAGUUUUUAGACUACAAGGCCUUAGGGGGGAAAUAAAUAUUGAUGGAGUGAGUAGAAAUGUACUGGGAUGGUACAUGAGGACCACCAAACCAUUACUGUGCUUUUAAAGUUCUUUAAAUUGCCAUGAAUAACUUCUGUUUUCAGACCCUCAGCAUGCUAGGGAUUGAGCCCAGGAUCUUGUACAUGUUAGGUGAACAGCCUGCCCACUGAACAAUCACUCCAGGGCUGCAUAAUCUCUCCCUUCAAGAACACUUCUUUCUUACUCCAAAGGGCAUUCCUGUUUCUCAGUGAAGUAGCCAUGAUAAAGAACAGUAGUGAAUGCCGGCUUCUCAAGUGGCUCCAGUCUCUGGGGAACAUAUUUGUCAUAUAUGCCUUGUAGUCCCUCCAGAAGGAAGGAAGUGAGGGUCGUGUUUGUGCUAAAUGGAACCUCAGUGCACCUGGUCAAAAAGCUUGUGUCUUGGGCAUAAAACAGUGUGUUCAAUAUCUUUGCAAAUGAAUCCGUUUAAUCAAAUACUAAGUUUUAUUCAAAUUCCCAAAGAAUCACUAGCCAAUUGUCUUUCUUUGUGAUGUUCCUUGUCUCACAUCUUCUUUGCAUCUCAAGAAAAAUAGCCUUGUGUGCGCCUUUCACAUUUGCAUCCACCCAGCUCAAGCCCAAGGUUGUCAGAUGAACCAUUAAGAGAUGGGCAGCUGGAGGUCCUCAGCCUCUUCUCUGGGAUUGACAUUUGCGAAGGAGGCUCACGAAUAUUCAGGGUUGAGAAGGGAAGACUGUUUCAGGGCACGAAUUGAAGUCCAGCCAUGAAACACCGGUUUAAAAUGAUUGUUUUUGUCGUUGUUCUUUUUGGUUUGUUGAGAGAAAGUCUCACUAUGUAGUCUAGUCUGGCCUUGAGGUCACAACAAUCCUCCUGCCUCAGCAUCCCUCAUGCUGGGAAUAUAGGUGUGAAGUGUGAUCUUUGACAUUUUUAGAUGCCUUGGAGGGCCUUGGAAUUUAACACAUAGAUGAAAUCUUGAAUAGUUAUAGGCACCUAACCAUCUGGGGGGGGGGGAGUCAUUAAAACAGAUAAACAAACAAACAAACAAAAAGCCUCCACAGCUCUCUGCUGGUGUCAGACUCCUGGUAGAGCGACAGCCUGCUCCACUGCUGUCACUAAAUGAGAGUUUAGCUCUUUUCCUUCCAUCCUUUGAAUUUUCUUAGGAAAGCCUCAGAGCAAAUCAGAGAAGGAAAAUUCUUUCCGUUUCAAAGUGUUUAGAACAUGGGAUAACCCUUUUCCCCGUGUGGAAAUGCUGCUCGAAACUCAGAGUUCAACUAGGGGAAUUCUUUUUUCCUUCCUGUAGCCUUCAGGGCCUAUUCUUCCUGCAUUUGCCUUUCUGCUGCCUGAGCUGUUCCUGCUGCGGCUGCUGUUGAGGUAAGGUUAUAUUGUGCUUGGUAAACAAACCACAUUGAGACUCUCAGGUUGUUUGGGCUCUCAGGUCCAGCUGUACCCCUCUCCUCUCCUGAUCCUUUAUAUGCCAAGCAGAUGUCUUUCAUUAAUUUAUGGAUUUAUCAUCUUUUCUUUUUUCCUUUUCUUUCUUUUCUUUUUUUUCACACCUGGCAGCCGUCUCAGGUUUCUCCAGUUAUUGUCUAUUUUGCAUUACACAUAGAAUUGAAUGUCAUCUGUCUUCACAAAGCUGGGGCUCAGAGAACUGAGGCGAGCUGUGCGAGCUGCCGGGACAGCGCUUGUUUGCACCCCCUCCCCUCCCCCAGCCCUUCACCUCCUUAAUAUUUAUUUGUGCUCAUUUUCUUCCCUGGCCUUGAAUGGAGCUUAGCUCGUGUUCAGUACAGCUGUAUGUUUACUGAAUCUAUUCCAUCGUGAGUCAUUGUGCGUGUGUAAGUAUCCAGGAAACAGCUAGUGCUUUCUUGGAAGAGCAGUCGCUUUCAGCACAAGCACUUAAAAGGGAAAUUAACCAAUUGGUCAGUUCAGAUUGAUUUUGAGGAGGGGAAAAAAAAAGGAUUAUCUAACUGCUGGCUUUUAAAUGUUUCAUUAGCUAUUUUUAAUAGUUUAUUAGAAACAUAUAUUUUAUGAGAUUUUUAUCUUAAUUACACAAGGAUCCAGAGGGACAGAGACAGGUUCUGUGUCCUCUUUGGGCAGAUGGUGCCAGGUAUUACCAACCAGAAACAUCUUUAAGCAAAAACUUGAGCAAUCCAAAUCAGAAUAAUGAUUUUUUUUCAUUAAAUAAAAAGCUUCUAAAUUCUGAUUUAAAAAAAAAGAAUGGAUUUUUUUUAAAUACAAAAAGCUAAAAUAUCUUAACAAAAUUUAGACGCAUGGAAAGCCCCAGGGUAUUUGGGCAUCUUUGUGCCUCUCACACACACAACCCAACAGAUUGUCUUUUGUACGACACCAAAUCUACAAGAUUCGAGACUUAGAAUCACAGGCAGGGCCCUCUGAAAGAAAAGAUUAGAACCCAGAUCGAAGAUAUUCAUCCAAGUUUGGGCUCGCUUAAAACUCUUGUCAUGAGGCCGGGAGACAGCUUGCAACUAUGAUUUCACUUAUCCAUUUGGGCAGAUGGUCCUGAAGUGCCCGGCUCCUUUCGUCGUCUCCGUCAGUCUAAUGGAGGUUACUGGAGGGCCUUUCAGCUUUUCCUUGGCACAACAAGUAUGUCAGUCAUAAAUUAUCGUCUUUGUAAUCAUUAAGGACCUUAAACAAAAACACAAGUCCAGUUAAGCUGCUUUGGCUUGCACAUUGAAAAAUCAAAAUUUCUUUCUUCAGUGUUUAGUCUCAGUUAAACACACACACACACACACACACACACAAAGCCACAACAGUUAACUUUUCUAUUUAAAAACAACGGCGAUCUUCUUUUUUUCCUUUAGCAGCAUAGGCUGUACGGGAGGACGUCCUCAGAACACAUCCACGGCAGAGGGUUUGGUCAGGAGUAGUCAAGAGCUUAUCGAUAUUAAUUUGAUUAUGAAUCUUCAGAUCCUUCCUGGUUCCCCACUAUUCUUCCAGUUCACAGUGCCGUUCCUAAUGGAGGUCACUGGGAACCUGUUCUCUUUCCCGAAUGUCUAUGUUUAUCUGACCUUUCUUCCUAAGGUGUGAAAUUUUCCCAGGUAGCUAAC